AUGGCGAUUUGGUCCUCCUUUCUGACGAUUUUAAGCCUCCAAUUGAUUGCUGAAGCGUCUAAUGCUUCUUCAAAUCUAUCUAGUCUCGUGGGAAAGGCCGAAAAUUCUCUUCAUGAGCGCAGCGCUGGUCGUUAUGCCGCGGUAUUGGGUGGUAACGGUAUGAUUUCCGAUGGCUGGCCCAGCAUUGACCAAUGGAUUGGGUCUUUUGAAAUUAUGUUCGAGAAUAAUCAAGGUGUGGUAUCCGCCAGCUGCUCCCAAUGGGGUCUCUCCAAUAACUCGGAAGACGAAACCGAUUCCAUCAAAGAUGCCAUCCACCAAGUAGCGAAUUCGAGCGGCGUCGACGCCCGCUUCAUUUUUUCAAUCGUCAUGCAAGAGAGUCAAGGGUGCGUUCGUGUUCAGACGACUGACAACGGUGUCAUCAAUCCGGGACUAAUGCAAAGCCACGCGGGCUCUGGUUCCUGCAAUAAAGGUGGAAUCAUUCAAAACCCUUGUCCCCAAAGCGAAAUCCAUCAAAUGAUCAUAGAUGGUGUCGAGGGAACCCCAGCCGGGCCCGGUUUGAAGGCAUUGAUAGCUCAGGAGGGCGGUUCGACAGACGUGGCUUCAUUCUACAAGGCCGCUCGGGCUUACAAUUCUGGUACUGUUGCCUCUAGCGGUAACUUGGGUCAGGGGAUUGCCACUCACUGCUACGCCUCAGACACUGCCAAUCGCCUUUUGGGCUGGACCAAUGGUCCUAGCCUGUGCGCUCCUAAUGUUAUUGGCAUGGUAUCUGCUGCACAUUGGGAGGGUAAGAGCGCCAGUGCGUGCGACGGGACGUCAACUACCACGCCUUCUCGAUUAGUUUCCCUACCUCAUGUAUUCCCUUUUUCAUCUCACCCAGAAUCAAGCUCGCUUCAUUCACCGUAUACUUCAGCAUUUGCCACCACAACUUCUGCGCUGAUCUCUCUCAACACGGCCCAAUGUGCUUGUAGUAGGAAGCGACUUCAAGUGUAG